AUGAAAGAAAUGGAACUCAAUUCGAUUUUGAAUGCAAAUCUUAGCAAACAACGAUGGGUUGAUCAAAUCAGCAAGAAUUUCAAAGACGAAGUUGGUGUCGACGUUAGCGAUGUUCCUGUCUGCGUUUUUAACGUCUCGAAAGCCAUAAGCCGGUUCAAACCUGAAGCUUACGUGCCUCAAGCUAUAGCUUUGGGACCUUAUCACCAUUUCGAGACUCAUCUCUACCAAAUGGAAAGGUACAAAGUUGCAGUUGUUAAAGCGUUUUUAAACCCUGGUCAAGUCCUUUCCUUCGAGCCGUUGGUGAUCGAUAGACUCAGAAAGAUCGACCCCAUGAUUCGUGCUUGUUACCACAAGUAUCUAGACCUUGAUGACGACACGUUAGCAUGGAUUGUGGCGAUUGACGGCUUGUUUUUACUCUAUCUGUUUAGAAAUCACGGUGAAUUGGAGCGAUUCAUACCUAAGAAGUUGUUGAAUUACGCUAUACUCUAUAGAGACAUAAUGGUACUCGAAAACCAGAUGCCAUUGAUGAUCUUGAAUGAAAUACGAAAGAUCCUCGAUGAUGAUCAUAGUAAUGGCGAUUCUGAGUUACUCUCGAUGCUGAGAGGGUUUUGUGAGGUAUAUUCUCCACUCAAAUUAUGUUGCGAUUUGGAUUAUUCUGAUAAAACAGCGACUAGCUAUUUGCAUUUGCUCGAUCUUAUGUACCAUUUAAUCGUCAAUAACCAAUCGCCUAAACAAGCUUCUAAGCAAGAAUCAUGGCACCGGGAAAUAGAUGAUGAUGAUCGAGAGAUAGCAAAGAAACACCACGUUAUCGGAAACAUGGGAACGAUCAUGGAAUUAGGGGAGCAAUUAGGGAAGGUGAGAAGAGUCGGGAAAGCGAUCAAUGUCAUAUUAAGCAUCCCGUGGGACAAAAUAUCGAGUUUACUAGGGUUUGGCAAAAAGCUAGACAAAGACGAUGGCGAUGAUCAUCCUCGUGUCACGGAAAUUGAAAUCCCCUCGGUGUCAUCUCUUAGCAAAUACGCUCGGAUCAACUUCAAUUGUACAAACGGAGGGAUUAGGGACAUGAAAUUUGUGGUGACCGAAGCCACACUAUACCUUCCGGUAAUUACUCUCAACACUUACUCGGAAGUCGUGUUACGAAAUCUGAUUGCUUAUGAAGCCGCUAUCUCGAGAUCAGCCAUGGAAUUGGCGCAAUUCAUCGAUUUGAUGAGUGGGAUUAUAGAUCAGGAAGCGGACGUGAGGCUGCUAAAGGGAAAGGGCAUAAUCGAAGGCAGUAUGACAAAUAAAGAGAUCGUGGAUCUCUUUAAUGGGAUGAAUAUGACGAAUGUGCACGCAAGAAGUAACGAGACUGUUGAACAACUUAACGAAUAUUACAACAGUAGGCCGGCGAUCAAGGCGUGGAAGUUCACGAAAAAACGCAUGCGUGGCUCGAGAAAAGCAUUGACCGUCAUGCUUACGGUUUUGGCGUGCAUUUUGAUGAUCGUGUACUCGUUUUGUGAAGUCUACGGAUGUCCAAAGUUAUUUAACAAAAUAACGUAG